AUGUCGACGGUCGAACGCACUUGUGCGGCCAGGAGAGACCAGGGGAAAGGAAUGCGUGAGACGAUUCCUCAUAUAAAUCGCACCUCUGUCCUUGUUACUUGUCUAUUACCAUACAACGACUCCAAUCGUUUCCUCUCCUCCUCAUCCUUCUUUGUCACCAAUCCAAGCCAAACCUUCAUUCUUCAUUCAUCCAAGAUGAAGUUCUCUCUUUUUGCUCCUGUCCUUCUUGCCGCACUUGUUGCUUCGGCACCAGUCGCGACUCCUCACACCCUUGAACAACGUGACGCCAACCCCCAAGUGUGCAAGUGGGGUCCCUACGGCUUCAAACCUGGAUGCAGGCCAGACCCCGCAAACGGCCUUUAG